CGAGUUUCGCCUUCCGCUCUGACACUGGGAACUCCCUCAACUCUUUCACUGCCACAGAAACGUCCGCCCGGACACUUCUCCCUCGUCGGCUCUUUUUCUCCUUCCGUUCACCGACCACGUCUGAACCCCCUCAACUCAGAUUGCGAUCCACUCAUGUUACCCUGAUAAGCCCUUGAUCGUUUUCUUCAUCAGUCAACAUGUUCCGGGUCAGUCCCUUGAAGCGAGUGUUUGCUCAGGUGUGGAAGCAGGGACAUGGGUCACAGUGUUGCCUGGGGGUAGCUGGGCCCAGGAGGAUCCAUUCCUGCAGUGUGCUAGGGGCAAAGAACCCAUCAUCGAAGCACAAAAAUAUCAGAUGUGUCAUAUUUGAUAUGGGUGGGGUUAUUCUACCCAACCCCCUUGGAGUUUUCCAGGAAUUUGAAGUAAGCAAUAACUUGCCCGAAGGGACCCUGCUUAGUGUCAUCAAAGAUCGAGGAGAUAAAGGGGCCUGGGCCUUGUUGGAGAAAGGGGCAUACACGUCGUCCGAGUUUGUGGAACAUUUUGGCCAAGAGUGUUCGGAAAAGGUUGGUUACAAUGUAAACGUGUCGGAUCUCUUACCAAAGUUCCAUUAUAAUCCGUCAGUGAAACCUCAUCCGCAGAUUAUUGAUCUGAUCCAGUGUGUCCGAGCGGAGGGAUUCCUCACAGCUUUACUGACCAACAACUGGUUGAUACACCCAACACACUCGUUCCUUCCCCUCGAUCGCAGCCUCUUUGAUGUUAUUAUUGAGUCUGCUGUCGUGAAAUGUCGGAAGCCAGACCCCAGAAUAUAUGAAAUAUGCCUUAAACAACUGAGAAUGAACCCUCAACAGGCUGUGUUCCUUGAUGAUAUUGGGAUCAACCUUAAGUCGGCCAAACAACUUGGGAUCGACACUAUUAAGGUGACAAACCCAGAUCAAGCGGUGCAGGACCUGGAGAAAUUGUUGGGUCUCAGUCUUCAGGGAUACCUGAAGGGUACAAUAAGUGUACCUGAGAGGCUCCGCUUUUCCCGGGAAAACCUUACUACAUACCUCACUGAAAGCCUCAAUUUACCCCACCCAGGUACGCUGCCACAUAUACGCCUGUUUAAACACGGAAUGUCCAACCCAACAUUUUACCUGAAAUUUGGUGAUAAUGAGUUGGUUCUAAGGAAAAAACCUCCAGGGAAGCUGUUGCCAUCUGCGCAUGCUGUCGAUCGAGAGUUUCGUGUGAUGAAAGCCAUGGAGGAGCAACAUGUCCCCGUGCCGCCCAUGUUGGGAAUGUGUGACGACACCAGCGUCCUGGGGACUGAAUUCUAUGUGAUGGGUUUGGUUCCUGGCGUCCUCUACCUCGACGCACUCCUGCCAAACAAGUCCGACAAUGAACGCCACAACAUCUACACAGCCAUGAUCGACGCCCUCUGCAAGAUACAUUCUGUUGAUAUCGGCAAAGCGAACCUUGACAGCUUCGGGAAGAAAGAUAAUUACAUGAAGCGUAACUUCUCUCGCUGGAUGAAGCAAUAUGAGAACAGUAAAACAGAGGAGAUUCCAGCCAUGAACGAAAUAAUCAAAUGGAUAUCCGAGAACCUUCCAGAGAAAGGAACGACAACUGUAGUCCAUGGAGACUUCCGUUUAGAUAACCUCAUCUACAGUGAUAAAAGUGACGAUGUUUUGGCUGUGAUUGACUGGGAGCUCUCCACCCUCGGCGAUCCACUCUCAGACUUGGCUACCUGCUGUUUUAUGUAUUAUGUACCGUCCAGGCUUCCGAUCCUGCCGGGUCUUAGUGAUGUGGCCCUCACGCAGUACGGAAUCCCCAGCAUUGACCAAAUCCUAACUCAGUAUUGUUCCACCCGUAACAUUCCACCAAUAGAAAACUGGAAUUUCUAUGUUAUUUAUACGUUCUUCAGGUUUGCGGCAAUAUUACAAGGAGUGUACAAAAGGGCCACUGUGGGUCAGAGUACAAAUACACAGGCAGAAUCCACCGGAAAAUAUGUGAAACUCCUUGCUCAGCUUGGGGUCCAGUUGAUUAAUAACCCUAAAAGGAAACCUCAGGCACCUUCUUUGUCAGAAUUUCCUGUUGGACGAAGGGCAUUUUCAACCUCAGCAUCUUCCGGUUACAGACAGACUCCUAUCAGUCCCCAACAGCAUCAACCAGGGGCCAACAGCCCAAAUUUAGUGAAAUCACCAAUGCCCUUAUUUGUGGCCAGCCUCUCACCCCGUGUCCAGGGUCUCCAUGAACAGGUGAAGGAGUUCGUCUCGGAGCACGUGUUGCCCCUGGAACCUGUCUUCCUUCAGCAUCUUACGUCGGACAAGAGAUGGACCCCAUUUGAGCCUGUGGAGAAGCUGAAGGUGAAGGCCAAACAGGAGGGUCUGUGGAAUCUAUUUAUGCCCCUAAAUAUCGAUACUGGAGCCCAGUACGGGGCUGGAUUGACCAAUGUAGAAUAUACAUUCCUCUGUGAAUUGAUGGGGACAACGCAGCUGGCCCCUGAGGUGUUUAACUGUUCAGCCCCUGACACAGGAAACAUGGAGGUGUUGGUAAAAUAUGGGACUGAGGACCAGAAGAAGAAGUGGUUAACCCCUUUACUUGAUGGAACAAUUAGGUCCUGCUUUGCUAUGACCGAACCCCAGGUGGCGUCCUCAGAUGCAACGAACAUUGAGUCCUCAAUUGUACGAGAUGGUAACCAUUUUGUCAUUAAUGGACGCAAGUGGUGGACAUCAGGAGCCAUGGAUCCUCGCUGUCGUAUUUGCAUUUUCAUGGGCAAGACAAACCCUAAAGGCCCCAAACAUGCCCAACAGAGUAUGAUCCUGGUUCCUAUGGACACAGAAGGGGUCAACAUACUUCGGCCUUUGACAGUGUUUGGUUAUGACGAUGCCCCAGUGGGACAUGGAGAACUGGUUUUUCAGGAUGUGAGGGUUCCUGUGGAAAACCUCCUUCUUGGUGAGGGCCGAGGUUUUGAAAUUGCACAAGGGCGAUUGGGACCUGGCCGAAUUCAUCAUUGCAUGCGUCUCAUUGGAAUGGCAGAGAGGGCUCUGUCCCUAAUGAUAACCAGGUCUUCGAACCGAGUGGCAUUUGGCAAACCCCUCUCCGAACAAGGCUUGGUCCAAGCAGCCAUUGCUGAGAGUCGUAUUGAUAUUGACCAGGCUCGUCUAUUGGUCUUGAAGGCUGCCCACAUGAUGGACACGGUCGGAAACAAGGCUGCAGCAGGUGAGAUAGCUAUGAUAAAGGUGGUUGCCCCCAACAUGGCUGCCAGGGUAAUCGACAGAGCAAUACAGAUCCAUGGUGGUGCCGGGCUCAGUUCCGAUUUCCCCCUCGCUUCCAUGUAUUCCUGGGCAAGAAUCCUCCGCCUCGCAGACGGACCGGACGAAGUCCACUUGCAGACUGUCGCCAAACUUGAACGGAAGAAACAUCGGUGAUCGGAACCAGUGACUGCCAUUUCUGUAAACAACGGGAAAAACUUGUAUAGCACACAUCAGUGUGCAUGUGUGUGUAUAUAGCUAUGUGUGUGAAAAUAUAUGAAUACAUGUGUGUGUAUUAUAUAUAUAUAUAUAUACUAUUAAAAGGGAUGAAGCCUUUUUCUCUACAGAAUAAAACUCCAUCAGGAAUUGUGCCAGUAUAUUAAAGAACCUUUACGGUUAAAAAUUAUAAAUAUCUUAUAAGCAAGAGCUAAAGAAGGUUAUUCUACAGCCAAUAUACUGAUAAUCCACAUUUAAUCUACUUGCUACAGAAAGUUGAACUGAAAUUCGGGCAACUAAACCUUUGGAACAUUUAAAUUUCGUUAUCUCAAUAUUGAAUCAAUUUUGGAAUUAACCACAUAAGGAUUCGUUCUUCUUCAGUUGAGCUUACGAGAGAAUAUAAGUAAGAUACUCACAUGCGCCUCUGGAAAACAGCCGAAGCGAAUAACACAAGUACAUCUGAGUAACCCAAUUAUAUCCAAAAAUAAAAGUUCUUAGGUUAAGUCUCAGAACAACAUGUUGACUUCCCGCCGCUACAUAUUGUAGUGGUAACAAGUCCCCCUGCAGCAAGCAGUAAUCAGUUUACUAUUAAAAGGGAUGAAGCCUUUUUCUCUACAGAAUAAAACUCCAUCAAAAAUUGUGCCAGUAUAUUAAAAGAACCUUUACGGUUAAAAAUUAUAAAUAUCUUAUAAGCAAGGGCUAAAGUUAAAUGUUCCAAAGGUUUAGUUGCCCGAAUUUCUGUAGCAAGUAGAUUAAAUGUGGAUUAUCAGUAUAUUGGCUGUAGAAUAACCUUCUUAGCCCUUGCUUAUAAGAUAUAUAUAUAUAUAUAUAGAGAGAGAGAGUUUGGCCAUGGGCUCUUAGGAGCCUAGUUCGAU